AUAUCAAGCAAUGACAAUACCGCCGUGAGAAGUAUCAGGAAUAUGGUUUGUUCUUCAUGAAAGACAACUUAGUUUGUCUAGCCGUUGACCUUUCCCCCAACGUGUCUGUGUAAAUUUGUAUCUAAACCUUUCGGUUGCCAACCAUGGAUAACACGGCUACGUUGGUUACGGGCAACACCGAGCGGACGGUUAGUCUGAGUUUGUCUAGCGCCAAGGAGAGAGCAGCAGGAAAAGCCCUGAUGGGGCUACGGAACCUAAAGCCGGAUGACAUUGGCAUGCUGAGGUACACCCGUGCCUCAGAGCUCGAGACACAGGUGAAAUGCAGCAACCACGCCCAUGAUAUCAGUUCGAAGAAACAGGUGGAUCUCUGGCACCGUGACCAGAGGAUCGCCGUGGGGAAACUUGCCCGUGGACAGCAGAAGAUGUUUAGGAACCUCAUACGGGUUCAGAAUGAUAAGAGGCGCAUACAGAGACAGGCACGUAUACGAAAACAGAAAGAGGUACAGAACGAACUGAGGGAGAAGGCAGUGAGGGAUAGAGAAGAGGCACAGAAUAGGUUGAGGAAUAUGAUAAUGGCUGAAGCGAUGCAGCAGGAGGAGGUACCGAUAAAAGAGUCAAUUCUCCCCGUCAAGUCACCUCUUCAACUUCCCGAGAUAAAUGAAAAACCUGACAUGGAGUUUACCAUGGCAAACGAAGAUCUUCACAGUGAAAGUGAUGAACAAAAUGAACGUGGUAAGUCGUCAAAUCAUUACAUGGCCGACGAUAAUUCACAAGUACUAACAACAGAGAAGCAGAUCCCAUCGACUGUGACUCCAUCAUCAUCAUCAUCAACAUCAACUUCACCACACUUGCCAUCACACAACCAACCCUCCACAACUCAAGUACCAUCAACUAUACAACAACGAGAAGAGUCACAGAUAUUGGGAGAGGUUUCAAAAGCCAACUUGCCUUUCAUUCGUACUGAUACUGAACGAUCUUUUGUUCCAGACAUGGGUCAUCUUAUCUCCAAACCUCAUUUUUCUAGGGAGGCUAAAAACUCAAGUGGGAAUCCCAAACUUUUAGACCUAAGAGCAUCGCUCCGAGACAAAGGAGAACAUGAUCGUUUGGACGUGAAUCCAAAUAAAGUUUUGCCUGGUAUAAGCAGUUCAACAAACAGACACUCAUACCCUCAUCCAGAAAGUGGAGAAACAUUUGAAAGAAAAAAGUUUCAUGAUUCCGUGUUCGACGAUGACGUCAUGAUGACGGGACGCUCAACCAAAGAGCCAAGAAAGGACACAAAAAAGCGACGCAAACCAUCCACCGAACUCGGUGAACUCCGCGACGGGAAACACAAGUACCACAUCGGGAUCGCUAAUCGCUCCUUCCGAGUACCGGACUACCGAGCCCCGGUGGUGACCAGUGUGGUGCGGUAUGAGCGAAACAGCGAGGGUAGUUUGGUACCGAGUGAGGUGGCCGUCAAGCCGGCUGCUGAGGAGUACAAGCUACCGUCUCGACGAGCUGAGUACAUGGUGGAGAAGGCACUGGAGUGGGAGAAGAGGAGGGAGGAUGUGCGGCAGAGAAAACUUCAAAGUUUCAUCGGCAGAAUGAAGGAAAUUGAACGAAAAGAGAAGCUCGAGUCUAGGUUAGCAGCCAGCCUCGAUUCCACCAGACAAACAACCUCCUUCCACCACCAUCGCCAAUCCCACCUUCUUCCCAAAGUUCGCUCCCCUCCCCCAAUCACCCAUCGCCGAUCCACCAUGGGUGGCGAGUCGCUGGAGGCCUACCACAUCAAGGGCGAUGUGAACGACCCAAAGAACUGCCGGUACUUGCGCCUGAGUGAGGAGGAUGCGGUACCGGGUGGUAGUGAGGAUCACGGCAGAGGGAAGCUUGGGGAGGCUACUAAGAAGAGGGGUGGUAGAGGUAGCAGACGCCAGUCUAGCUGGGGACUAGUAGGUGUGCCACGAGGGUUCACUGUUGCUGAGAAAACGCAUGAUACCCACAUUGCUCAUCACCAUAAUGUUAUUACUUAAUGUGAUAUUAGCCAUUAGAAUGUCCUUGCUUGCCACAAAAUUACCUGUGCCCAAUUUCAUAAAGCUGUUAUAAGCAUGCACACAAAAUGUAUACAUUUUCUUUACUAAGCAAACAAUUGAUUGGGCGGCACCAGUUGCAACUAUGUAAACUUUAUGGAUAUUUCAUAACCAGUUUAUCUGUUAAAAAAAAAACUGAGCUCAGCAAGUAUUAAUGCUUAUAGGCUUUAUGAAAUUGGGCCCUGCUCGGAAGAGAUGGGCUUUGAAUGAGUUUUUAUGUCAAGUCAUGAUUUUCUUUCCGUUAGGAGACUUGAUUGUGAAAAGGGGCUGAACUACAUUGUGAUUUUUCUGAGGGCUCCAAUAUCGGAAAUCAGAAUCACUGCUAUAUUUUACGAAUUUCAUUAUUAUCAUAGAGUUUUGAUACAAUACUAAUCAUGCUGCACAUUGUCAUAAUUAUCAAAAUCAGCAUGUACAAAUCAGA